CAACUGAGAAAACGCACACUCGUUCUCACAGCAGUACGGCGACACUAUGCCUCCCAAAGCAUCAGGAAAGGCUGCCAAGAAAGCUGGCAAGGCACAGAAGGCCAUUGCCAAGGGCGACAAGAAGAAGAAGCGCAGGAGGAAGGAGAGCUACUCCAUCUACAUCUACAAGGUGCUCAAGCAAGUCCACCCAGACACUGGCGUGUCCUCCAAGGCCAUGUCAAUCAUGAACUCGUUCGUGAAUGACAUUUUCGAGCGCAUCGCUGCCGAGGCAUCCCGCCUGGCACACUAUAACAAGCGCUCCACCAUCACCAGCCGGGAAAUCCAGACCGCUGUCCGUCUUCUUCUGCCUGGUGAACUGGCAAAACACGCUGUUUCUGAAGGCACCAAGGCUGUUACCAAGUAUACCUCCUCCAAGUAAACAGGCGGCCAGUAUACUGCUGCCAGUAUAAAAUAAUACCCGGCUCCAUUGGAGCCACACUUGAAAAGGAAAAAAGAUACGAUAUAG